GUGUCAGUAGUAUCAUUCUGUAGUGGAAAUGUGGAGUGUGUUUUUGUACCUCUCUCUGUUUCUCCAGCCUAAUUCAGCAGAGGAAGUGAUGCUGCUGGACACCACUGAGUCCACCACGGAGCUGGGCUGGACCACCUAUCCUGACACAGGGUGGGAUGAGGUGAGUGUUCUGGACGACAAGGGCAAACUCAUCCGCACUUUCGAGGUCUGCAAUGUCAACCAGAACCCCCGUGUCCAGGACAACUGGCUGGCGACGCCCUUCCUCUACCGACAGUCCGCGCCGAGAGUUUUCGUGACGCUCCGGUUCUCCGUCCGAGACUGCGCCAGUCUGCGCACGCCAUCCCCGUCCUGUCGCGAGACGCUCACGCUCUACUACAGACAAGCCGACUCCCAAAGAGAGCUGGAGAGGACCUGGGGUUCUGACUCAUCCAAUGGGGAGACACGAGAGGGCUGGGUGAAGAUCGACACCAUCGCGGCGGACAAGAGCUUCAGCAAGGUGGAGCCCAGUCAGCCGCACCAGUACAAGCCGGACCGCACUCGCCGAAUCAACAUUAAAACCCGCAGCUUCGCACCCCUCACGCGCAACGGGUUUGUCUUGGCGAUAGUGGACAGUGGGGCCUGUGUUUCCCUCAUGGGUGUGACCGUGUUCUACCGCCGCUGCCCGGCCACCAGCCGCUACCUGGCCUCCUACCCCGCCACGCCCUCCGGGGUGGAGCCGACAGCCCUGGUGCCCGUGGACGGGGUCUGCGUCCCCAACAGCCAGUCGCAGGGUGGGGCCGGCCCACGGCUGCACUGCAACGCCGAGGGGGAGUGGAUGGUGCCUGUGGGGGGGUGUAUGUGUGAGGCAGGCUACGAGCCCAACCAGAACAGCUCAGCCUGUCUGGCCUGUCCUGUGGGGUUUUUCAAGGCCACAGCGGGUUCGGUGUCGUGCACUAUGUGUCCAGCCAACAGCAGGACCAGCACGGAGGCCUCUAUGGUCUGUGAGUGCCGCAGUGGCUUCUACCGAGCGCCCUCUGACAUCAACACCACCGCUUGCACAGCUCCCCCGUCUGCCCCUGUGUCUCUGUCCUGGGAGUACGAGAGCUCGGAGGGUGGUGUGUCGCUGCGCUGGCGCCCCCCGCAGGACAUGGGUGGCCGGGGCGAGGUGUGGUACGGGGUGGUGUGCCGAAUCUGCCCCUCCGCCUCGCAGUCGCCUCCCUCCAUGUGCUCCUGGUGUGGCGAGACCGUCACCUACACCCCCUCUCAGACUGGACUCCGCCAGACCAAGGUCACCCUCAACAACCUGCUCACCAGAGUCACCUACCUCAUACAGGUUCAAGCUUUCAACGAUGUGUCAUCCUUAAGCCCUUUCCCGCCCCAGUUCUCCAGCAUCAAUUUCACCACCAGCCAGUCAGUCCCCUCCACCGUCCCCAUGCUGCACCAGUUGAGCCGGGCUGCAGACUCCAUCACUCUGUCCUGGCCUCAGCCGGACCGACCCAAUGGGGACAUCCUGGAGUACCAGCUCCGAUAUUACGACAGGCAGAGCUCAGACGAGGACUCUGCUGUGAGUGUGUUUAGUGAAACCAACACAGUGACAGUGGCCUCCCUGAACCCUGGCUCCAUCUAUGCCUUCCAGAUACGGGCCAGGAAUGAGCGAGGCUAUGGGCCGUACAGCCACACCAUCUACUUCAGUACUCUGGCCAUGGAGGAGCGUUCAAAGCAAAUCCAAAAUCGGCUCCCCCUACUGGUGGGAUCGGUGAUGGGUGGAGCAGCAUUCCUCCUGGUGGUUAUUGCGAUUAUCAUCGUGUUUGUAUUCAAGAGUAAAAGGAGAGAGAGUCCAUAUAGCGACAGACUACAGCGAUACAUCAGCAACAGGGGGGGAGUGAAGUAUUAUGUGGACCCGUCAACCUAUGAGGACCCCAGUGAGGCGGUCAAAGAGUUUGCCAGAGAGAUAGACCCAGCUCACCUCAAGAUCGAGGAAGUUAUUGGUGCGGGUAAGACCCAGUUUGGAGAGGUGUCCCGGGGGAGGUACCGUCCGCUGGGCCGGAGGGAGGUCCUGGUGGCCGUAAAGACGCUCCGCUGGGGGGUGACUGACCGGGAGAGGGCCAUGUUCCUGAGCGAGGCGGGGGUGCUGGGACAGUUUGACCAUCCCAACGUGCUGAAGCUGGAGGGGGUGGUGACGCGCUCCCCUCCGGAGAGAAUCAUCACCGAGUUCAUGGAGAAUGGUCCACUGGACGCUUUCCUCAGGGAGAAUGAAGAUCAGUUCAGUGUGCUUCAGCUGGUGGGCAUGUUGAGAGGAGUGGGUGCAGGGAUGCGUUACCUGUCGGAGAGAAACUUUGUGCACCGGGACCUCGCAGCACGCAACGUGCUGGUCAACUCCAACUUGGUGUGCAAGGUGUCGGACUUUGGUCUGUCUCGCCUGAUGAGGGGCCUGGACCACAACAUGCCCACGUACACCGCGUCAUUGGGGAGCAAGAUUCCAGUGAGGUGGACCGCUCCGGAGGCAUUCCAGCAUCGGAAGUUCAGCUCGGCGAGUGAUGUCUGGAGCUUUGGCGUCCUGAUGUGGGAGGUGAUGUCCUACGGGGAGCGGCCGUACUGGGACAUGAGCAACCAAGAGGUGAUGAAGGCAGUGGUGGAUCAGUACCGCCUUCCUGCCCCCCACAACUGCCCCCCGGCCCUGCAUGCCCUCAUGCUGCAGUGUUGGCAGGCAGAAAGACAGGACCGGCCAGGCUUCGACUCGCUCCUCUCCUCCCUGGACAGACUCAUCCGGCACCCAGCCUCCCUCAAGGCUGAACACAGCCGUCCCACUCAGCCCCUGCUGAGUCCCACACCCACAGACCUGUCGUCAGUAGCAACGGUUGGAGACUGGUUAUCCGCCCUCAGGAUGGAACGAUACAAAGAUGAGUUUGAGAGAGCACAACUUACAAGUCUGGAGAGAGUCAGCAGACUAACCAUGGAGGAUGUGCAGGGUCUGGGAGUGAACCUUCUGGGUCACCAGAGAAAGAUCGUCAAGGCCGCUCAGCAGCUAAGGACUCACCUCACACAGGGUCAGGUUGAGGUGUGAGGCAGAACUACUUUCUUUUGGAAGCAUUAUUGCAUUAUGGGAAUUGCAGUCCUUGAAGUCCAAACCUGUCCUGGAGCAGGAAGGUGCACAAAAGAGUGCAGUCUGAGAAGAUUAAAAAAAUGUCAUAGGGAUAUUGUUUGGUUUUUUUUUCAACCGUUCACCCAUCUUCCUCUCCCUUCCUGAGUUGACUCCUCUUACCUCUGUCACACACACAUAUACACACACACACGCACACACACUGACACACACACACCCUGCUACUGACUUACACUACCUCUCCUUUUCACAUGUUUGAUAUCACUCAUUCUCAUGGAAUGAACAUUAAAAGUGAUCAUGGUGUUGUUCUCAUUGUUUUUGAAGACAAGGGAUUUUGCGUCACAAAUCAUUGCAGAGACAAUCAAAGACUGCCUAUUAAUAGUACUAUCAUUGUGGAUAUUAUUUUUAAAAUAUUGCUUUCCUUUGGACAAAAAAAAAAUGUCUCAUGUUGUAAAAAGGUAUUUAUAUGGCGACACAAAGACACAGCUUAAUUGUCAAAUGAGCACCCAGUGAAUUACCACCAGCAUGUUUGUACAUUUAACUGUGAGGAACUGUCGGUUGAGAACUUUGCAGACAAGAUGCUGGGGUUUGAAUCAGUUAUAUUCAAAAUGUCCACUUUAAAGGCGAUGUAUGUAAUUUAUUACCCUCUGCUGUCAUACAAUUUAUCAUUUUAUUGAAAAUAGUGGGAAUACUGGUUAAAAUAACAGUAAUAAAGACACAAGUUGCUUAGAAUGCACAGGGAUACUGAGAGACACUAACCCUAAUGUGCCUUUGGAAUCAUGGUUAGUGUUGGUUAAGAUUACAUACGGCACCUUUGAAAUUCCAUAGGCCAGAACUCCACUCCCUGUUGUGUCCUGCGCUGGACUAGAGAUCAAGCUGCGUAGAUACAGGAUAGUAUACGUAUUGUUAAGAUGUCCCUGAGAAAUGAGUUGUCGAUGACUUGAUGUGCACUGAGCUUAGUCCACAGUCCUUCAGCACUGCAGGUAUACAGAACACAUCCUCUGUGUGUAUGUGGCACCUCUCACCGCCCAGUGUUCAAUAUGUAGCACAGACUCAGAGUCAUUUAGGCAUUGUGGAAAUGAAACAAAUCUACAGGACAUUUGAUGUGAUUUCAUUGCCAACUUAAGUAAGAAAGGGGAAGUAUUGCUCUUUGUGUAUAUAAUUUGUGUGUGUGUGUGUGUGUGUGUGUGCGCACGCGUGCGUGAAUGAAUGAAUGAAUGAACGAAUGUGUAAGGUGUAAUUGGUUUAUAUCAAGUGGGAAAAAUCACUUGAAAUUGUGUGCUUAUCUGUCUGAGUGUUCAUCACUGUCCACUAUUGUGAAAAUUUGUAAAAUAAAACAUGAUUUUAUUUAA